CCGUCGAUGUCCCUUCUGUAUGGUCACCAUGGCGCCUACUGCACCGAAGAGGUCCGAUCCAACACCGGCGACCCUAGGAGGCAAGGCAGAUCGGCAUGGCGGGUCAGAGCAUGUAGGAUCGAGCUCAACAGCCAGAGAGGACUUCGACGCGGAGAAGUGGGAGCUGGAGAAUGUCCACGACGUGUACAACUCAAUCGCUUCGCAUUUCUCUGCGACACGGUAUAAGCCUUGGCCACUCGUCACAAACUUCUUGGCAUCUCUUCCGCCGGGAUCAAUCGGUAUUGACGUCGGGUGCGGCAAUGGCAAGUACCUUCAUUUGCGAAAUCUCCUCCACGGGCCAUCGAGCGGAGAUGGGCCAGGCCAGGAGGACUGUAUGACCAUCGGCGUAGAUCGGUCCUCUGAGCUCCUCGAAUUCGCGCGCACCCAGUCGUUGCAGAAGAUGAGCUCGACAAACGGCAAAGGCAAAGGGAAGCAGAUCGAAAUCGCACGGGAAGACGAAGAGACAGCACCUGCCACUCGAAAGCCGGUCAACGAAGUGGCAGUAGGAGAUGCUCUUAGCACUGGCUUUCGAAGUAGAUCAUUUGACUACGCCAUCUCAAUAGCCACAAUACAUCAUCUCUCAACUCGCCAGCGCCGGAAGGAGUCUAUCUCGGAAUUGAUCAGACUGAUACGACCAGCGAGCGUUGGCGAACAUACAGACAGUGGUGGCAGGGGCAGGUUCCUCGUGUACGUCUGGGCUCUUGAACAGAAAGGUCAGGAGAGACGCAAAUUUGACGAGCAAGACCGGGAACGGCGGGGCGGCGAAGGGAGUGUAGAGGGAUCAGAAGCAGCAGCGCCAGCAGCUAAGGAAGGCAGAGAUGUUCUGGUGCCGUGGGUUCUCAAGACUCCGCCGACGGACCAAACAAACAGCAUUGGGAACGUUGUUGCGGGGAGCAAAGAUGAGCAGGUCUAUCAAAGGUACUAUCACCUCUUUGAAGCGACAGAGCUCGAGUCGCUAGUGGACGAGGCAAUCGCCGAUCUCAGCGAAAGCGUUCGCACGCAGGUCGGCGGGCCUCCGAUUCAGAUUCAGAAAGAGGACUCCGGGUGGGAGCGGGGGAACUGGUGGGGUAUCUGGAAAGUCUUGUUGACGGAGUGAGGCACACGCUGGUGGCCUUGCGGGACUAAAGUCUGCAG